AGCCUCUCUAGCCGCGCCAGUUCGUCCGUGGCCGGCGGCGGCGGCGGUGUUGGUGAUGGCGGCCGUCUUGUCCCCGCGGGUGUGUGACAGCGACCCGGCCACGCCUGGAGCCCAGUCUCUCAAGGAUGAUACAGAAGAGAAUUCAAAUGAUGGCAGCCAACCAUCAAAAAGACGACGCAUGGGCUCAGGGGACAGCUCACGAAGUUGUGAAACUUCAAGUCAGGACCUUAGCUUUAGCUACUUUCCAGCUGAAAACCUGAUAGAGUACAAAUGGCCACCUGAUGAAACUGGAGAAUACUAUAUGCUUCAAGAGCAAGUCAGUGAAUACUUGGGUGUGACCUCCUUUAAGCGAAAAUAUCCAGAUUUAGAAAGACGAGAUCUAUCUCACAAAGAGAAACUCUACCUCAGAGAGUUAAAUGUCAUUACAGAAACACAGUGUACCUUAGGUCUCACAGCCCUACGCAGUGAUGAAGUAAUUGAUCUGAUGAUUAAAGAAUACCCGGCGAAACAUGCUGAGUACUCUGUCAUACUUCAAGAAAAAGAACGCCAACGAAUAACUGAUCACUAUAAAGAGUAUUCUCAAAUGCAACAGCAGAACACACAGAAAGUUGAAGCAAGUAAAGUUCCAGAGUACAUUAAGAAAGCUGCCAAGAAAGCCGCCGAGUUCAACAGCAACUUAAACCGGGAACGAAUGGAAGAAAGAAGGGCCUAUUUUGAUUUACAGACACAUGUUAUCCAGGUGCCUCAAGGAAAAUAUAAAAUCUUACCUACAGAAAGGACAAAGGUUAGUCCUUAUCCAGUGUCUCUCAUACCAGGCCAGUUUCAGGAGUACUAUAAAAGAUACUCUCCAGAUGAGCUUCGAUAUUUGCCGCUAAAUACAGCUCUUUAUGAGCCUCCCUUAGAUCCAGAGCUACCUGCACUAGAUAGUGAUGGAGAUUCUGAUGAUGCAGAAGAGCGUGGUGAUGAAAAGAGGAAAAUCAAAGGCAAUUCGGAGAAUUCUUCUGGCAAUGUGUCUGAAGGUGAAUGCCCCCCCGAAAACCAGGAGGAACCUACUCAGGGAAGACAAAAAACAAGAGAGAAAAACUCUACACCAAGAAAAGAGGGUUCCAAACGAUCUGUAUCCAAGUCAGUUCCUGGGUACAAGCCAAAGGCCAUUCCAAAUGCUAUAUGUGGAAUUUGUCUGAAGGGUAAGGAGUCCAACAAGAAAGGGAAGGCUGAAGCACUUAUACACUGCUCCCAGUGUGAUAACAGUGGGCACCCAUCCUGUCUGGAUAUGUCUGCAGAGCUUGUUGCAAUAAUUAAGACCUACCCUUGGCAAUGUAUGGAGUGUAAAACAUGCAUUAUAUGUGGGCAACCUCACCAUGAGGAAGAAAUGAUGUUCUGUGAUGUGUGUGACCGUGGCUAUCAUACGUUUUGUGUGGGGCUUGGUGCUAUUCCAACAGGUCGCUGGAUUUGUGACUGUUGCGAAAGACAACCUCCAAUACCCAGAGGCAGAGGAAGAAGAGGGAAGAACAGCAAAGAAGGCUAAAAUCAAUAUUUACACUCUAUAUAUAACUGCCCCAAAACAAGUGCUAAACUUGGUGCUAUUUUACCUACCACUCUGUAUAAGGAAAAAUACCACUCAAAAUGUUUUUCACCAAAUAAAGUUUUUAAUUUUA